UCCGCACCGCCCUCAGUCCCAGGGCGCUCGCUGACUGGGGUGGUGGGGACCGUUAGCUGGCCAGGCUGGCAGGCUGCGGGCCGCUACUCUGCUGGCGGCCAGGAUGGAGACGAUGCGAGCACAGCGGCUACAGCCUGGAGUGAGCAACAGCGGGAGGGGCACUCUUCGAGCCCUGCGGCCCGGAGUGACUGGGGCCGCGGCUGCCGCCGCCACACCCCCAGCAGGCCCCCCACCGGCUCCGCCGCCUCCCGCACCGCCACCGCCACCGCUGCUCCUGUCGGGGGCCCCCGGGCUGCCCCUGCCUCCCGGCGCCGCCGGCAGCCCGGCUGUGCUGCGGGAGGCCGUGGAGGCUGUGGUAAGAAGCUUUGCCAAGCACACGCAGGGCUACGGCCGAGUGAAUGUGGUGGAGGCACUUCAGGAAUUCUGGCAGAUGAAGCAGUCUCGUGGGGCUGACUUGAAGAAUGGGGCUCUAGUGGUUUAUGAGAUGGUUCCCUCCAACAGUCCUCCCUAUGUCUGCUAUGUCACCCUGCCUGGGGGAAGUUGCUUUGGGAGUUUCCAGUUUUGCCCUACAAAAGCUGAGGCCCGGAGGAGUGCUGCAAAGAUUGCAUUAAUGAACUCUGUGUUUAAUGAACAUCCUUCCCGAAGAAUCACUGAUGAGUUCAUUGAGAAGAGUGUCUCUGAGGCCCUGGCAUCUUUCAAUGGCAACAGGGAGGAAGCUGACAACCCAAAUACAGGGAUUGGUGCCUUCCGAUUCAUGUUGGAAUCCAACAAGGGCAAGUCAAUGUUAGAGUUCCAGGAGCUAAUGACAGUUUUUCAACUGCUGCACUGGAAUGGCAGCCUUAAGGCCAUGAGGGAAAGACAGUGCUCUCGGCAGGAAGUGUUGGCUCAUUAUUCACACCGGGCCCUGGAUGAUGAUAUUCGCCACCAAAUGGCCUUGGACUGGGUAAGCCGGGAGCAGAGUGUACCCGGGGCACUGUCUAGAGAGCUGGCAUCCACCGAGCGAGAGCUGGAUGAAGCCCGACUGGCAGGCAAGGAGCUGCGCUUCCACAAGGAGAAGAAGGAUAUUCUCAUGCUGGCUGCUGGGCAGUUGGGCAAUAUGCAUUCUUCCAACUGUUAGGCAUCCACCCACACACUCUCAUCCUCUCCAGGCCUUAUUGUAUGUCUCCUUUCUAAGACUUGAGAUGAUUUCUGUAUAUACUUCCUCAAUUUUAUACUUUAAAAUAUAGAUAUAUAUGUGUAAAUUCUACACCUGGAUUCCUGUUUGCUAAGAGAUCCUUUUUUUACUUUCAGUUUUUAGAUGUAAUUUCAUUUGAAGCAUCUUCGCACUAAUUUAAAGGAAGGAGCCAGGUGUUUUUUGAGCUCUUAAACUUCCAGACUAACUCUGUGGCCAUUUCAGUAGCAUAAUAUCAUUGACU